UUAGAAUGUUAUUUGAUAUUUUAAGAUGUAAAUUCAGAACUUGCUGCUAACAUGCGUCAAAAUAACCAAUCUGAUGAGAGAUGUAAGCACAGUCGAUCAUGCGUAGUUGUAUGUGGCUGCGUCUAAGCACGUGACCUCCUUUCGUCAAUCACAUUCACAUUCACGUGGUGCAACAAUUUCAUAAUUCAUUCACCAAACCCCCAGAACAAUCAACAUAUCUUGCCUUCUUCAUCUCUCUCUUACACUUGCUCUACCUUGCCAUUCUGCUUUAGCAUCAUUCUCAAUAUGGACAUCAGCUUGCAGAGCCCAACCCCACCGGUAGAAAUACUGAGUGGCUAUGUAUCGGAAGACGAAAAGACUUUGGCUCUCCAUUGCCACGAUGACACUUUCAAGGCGGCCACAGUUUUCAACGCAGAAGGGAAUCCUGUCUUUCGCGUUGAGGGCACUUCAUUUGGCAAAUCGUGGAGCUGGAGACGGAAAGUGUUCGAUGCGGCUUAUGAUCGGCACCUCUUCGACUUCCGACACGAAAACUUCGACUUCAAGAAUCGAUGGGUACUGGAGGAUAACACAGGCCGCAAGUUCGGUUCAUUUGUCCAUAAAUCACAAUUGACUACCAAUCACUCCGCCAUCGAUGCGACCGUGCGCACCACCGCGGGCGAAGAUGUUCUCGUGACCAUGCGGCCACGAGACGCAGCGGCUUUAACAGUUGCUGUCACCGUAAAUGAUACAACAAUUGCGGCCAUCGGUAAAGUUGCUGAUAAUAGGAAUACCCUGUCCCAUAAAGGAGAUAGUACCGUCUGGUCGAUUCGAGUUGCCGCUGCGACCGAUCUGACGUUGAUAGUCGCCUUGGCAUUAUGCCGUGCUGAGAUGGGGCACGUCUGGAAUCAGUGAUCGGAUGCAUAGCUGGGGUCAAACCUCUCACCCGUCCUCCCCAACUCUCCAUUUUUCACAGUUCCGCAUUGCC